GAUAAAACUACAAAUUGUACUUCUUGUCCGGCGGGAAGCAAGCAAGUAGAAGUAUUGCGCUUUGUUUUCUAUUUUCCAGAAGAAUCAGAAUGCGGUUGCUUUGUGCUCUUUUGCCGUUGGACUUUUACCCUGUGAUAAAAGUGGAAUGUAAAUGGACUGCGACGUAAGUGGAUACGCAUCUUCGCACAAUUACUUUCGCGACUUUUCUUCAUGAAGAUCAUUGGCAAAGAGAACCCUAUACUAUAGUAGAGAAGUAGAAAACAACGGUUACAACCCUAAAACAACAGUAACAAGAAAAAUCCCACUGCUACUAACUAGUAACUGCUUAGACAGAAUUAGAAACCACUACAGAUCCAGAUUCUACUGUAUGCCCGGCAAUUUCAAGGUGAAGCCGUGCAUCCAGGUCUUCCCGACUUCUCCAACAGGGUGUUUCUUUCCGCACUACUUGAUUGGAACCAGAAGAUCACCACGACUUCUUGUACCAAGUACUAGUACUACAAGAGGGUGGUGGUGGCUUAGUUGGAUGAGACAUAUUACAACAACAAAUACAACAAAUAAUACUACUCCUUUGACAACUUCUUCUUCUUUGGAAAGCCUGAAGGUUAUCCUCGACACCUACAACAGCAUCAAGACGAGGACAAUCAUGACGGCUUCUUCUUCAUCGGAUGUGCGCGUAGUGACGUAUAACGUGCUGUCUCCGCUGCUCGCAGACAUUUCAUCGCACACACAUUAAGGCCUCAUCAAUGCUCUGCUCAUAAAACAGGACAAAGUGUCAAUAGCAUGACGAGCAAUAAUAUUGAACUUCUGCAUGAUGGUGCUAGCAGUGGUCUUGGUCCUUGGUCCAAUGAUCAUUUAAAAAGCAACAUCAUGAUCAAGUGCAUGGUACGACUUACUAACCAUAGGGUAGGUUUUUGAUCUAGGUUCCAUCUUUGCCAGGCUCUUCAGCAGCCGUCGAAGUCUGCCACAUUGGAUGGUAGAUCCCAACCUAACCUAACCUAACCUACUAAUCAAUGUAGAACUAGUACAGGCUGAAGCUGUCUCAAUAGCACAUCAAGCCUCUAAGAAGCGUGUACCUUGGAGAACCUGCAGGCCGAUACUCGACUUGCCAGGAUCAAACAGAAAUUGGAGGGGGAGAUAGUUAUGAACCACGUUAUUUGAACAUGCUGUAGUACGUGCUGUAGUCGAAGAUAUUGAUUAUAUUCCACCUAAGAGAACAUGAAGGUAUAACGCUUGCCGAAGACCAUCUGCGGCCAUUUGAGACGCGACGAUGAUGAGUUAUAACGGCAACAGAUUCCCCGUCAACAGAGUCCCAUUAGCAAGUAGGUUCCCAUUAGCAAGUAGGUUUCUAAUUCUAUAUUUCAUCUAUCUAGUGAAAUGAAGUAUAGUGGAAAACGUCCUCCUGUAGUACAUAGUACUCUACUAAUGCCAGAACAAAGAAGCCGAUCGUAUGUCUACAGGAAGUAGGGCUGUCGUGGAAAGGUCCGCUGUUUUCCUUCUUCGACGAAGCAGGCUACAAAGUGAUCGAUACCCACUACGGCAACCAAUAUUUAAGGCUAGUAUAAUAUCUUCACUAUCUUCCCGAGAGUUGGACCUUGCUGACGAUUUCCAUAUGACUGCGUCCCCCUCGAUUUAAUGGGGAAAUGGGUAAUAUUCGAGUACCGGAGGUCUAGUCUAGUAGGCUACUCGCCGGUUACAACUUCAUGAUAAUGAAAAACUACCUUUAAGAUAUGCGGAUUACAUGGGAAUUCUAGUUGCAUAUCCGGCAGACCGCUACCGUUGUACCAAGACGGACACUGCAAGAGUCAGCGACAUCUUUCAGCAGAAGAUACCAGAAGAAGAAGGCCAAGAAAAAAGAAGGCAAGGAGGAGGAGGGGCCGGGAUAAAGGUAAAAUAAGAAUACUGAUAUUUUUUUGAAUUUGAUUUCUGUGGCUGUCAAUGUGACGUCUUAUUUGUUGAUGUGGACGUCAGCAAUGUCUUUCAGCUCUUAUUUGUUGAUGUGGUAGUCCAAUAGAUAUAGAUUCUAUCUUACAAUACCACAACAGGGCGCCCUCGCGAAGUUGGGCGCAGAAGUGAUGGCGAAGUUUGUGAAGCGCGAAAGUGCACCAAAACCCGAAGAGUCGGGAUGGGAGAUAGCCGAGAGACGUCAAAACCGCAUCAUCCUAGCUGCAUUUGAAUUUAAGCAGGAUUUAAACUAAUAUUGGACGGACACCUAAGCUAACCUAGUAUUUUCGCAUUGGUAUUUAUGGCAGCCUUAACGCGUUAUUUUAGCAACACGUUAUAGAGCAGAACUUUAAUAGCGCAGUACUAGAAUCCAACCAGCAUGCGUCUAUAGCGCGGCUAAGUACGUAAAAACUGUUUUUCAUCUGUUCAUUCUGUAGUUACAUGAUCAUUGACAUUCAUCGGUCUUCUUUUACUAAGGUAGGCCAGCUUGUUAUCAUCUCUCCCGAAUCCUCAUCGCCUCAUCUAAGCGCCCCUUGUCGACAGAAAAGAAGCAGGCAUUUGCUUUGGCAACAUAUCACAAUCCAUGUCUCUUCGGCUCAAAAGAAAAAGUUCGAGCACUGGCGAUACACUCGACUUGGAUAGCGCAGGCGUUGGAGAAAUUCGCAGAGGGAAAACCCAGAAUACUCUGUGGAGAUUUCAACUUCACACCGAAGAACAGUACUACCAUGAUCCUUAAACACUAAUGAUACUAAAGCACGUUGAAUCUGUUUCGUCUUGCCGGGUGUUUAGGACGACUACUUGCGACGCAGUAAUGAUGAAGAUGAUGCUGCUUUACUAUUCUUGUCAUACUAAAGAACAGUCAUCUAUGUUGAAUUCUAUUUAUUUCUUUGCCUCUCCAUCUUACAACUUUACUCCAUAGAAAUACUAGGUCUCGUUUACUACUACAUGACAACCGGCAGUGCUGAAGUAGCUGAGCGUCUGGAUUUUCAGCGUGGCAAGGGCGCGAAAUAUAGCGAUUGGGACUCGAAGCUUCAGCCGAUGGGGUCUGCUUAUGUUACGGCUAGAUAGUAUUGUGUGAAAAUGAAGAAGAACUCAGAUGAAAUAAGAGAUAAUGACUGACGGAAGGAUAUUAAGGUAAAGGAUAAGGUGAAGAAAUUCCUCAGACUCCGCGAGUAUGAGAAGGGAUAGCAUGAGCCAUGUUACUUAGGUGAACGAAUGAUAAACACAGAGCAUGCCCAGCAAAAGCAAAACAAUUAUCCUAUUAUAACUCUUCUAAGCAUGCAGAAUACAGUCGCAGCACGACUUCUGAGACCGCAGCACCCACUGACGUGAAACUAGUUGUAGACUCGACUGAUUCUUCAUCUUCUAGUGCGAGUGACGGCGUCGAAACCCCACAUGCAGAUGCAAUCAAAAGCGCUGAAUCGAUGGAGCCGAGAUACACUUAAGAGCUGUAAUUUGUUGUCGAUGAUCGGAUAGUGUGCAAAAUUCAACAGAGGGUUUGUUGGUAUUAGAUCAUUACUUGCUGAUACAUACAACAGAGUACUCACCAUACAGAUACAUACAACAGAGUACCUACCCCCACAACAGAGUACCUACCCCGACAACAUAGUGAUCGAAUAUGAACGCUAAGCGACGUCGCAUCUGAUAGUACCCUAAAAGACACCCAUCGAGUACCGUAGAAGACACUCAAUGCUAAAAGGGCGUUGCGGCCCUGCAUCCCAUCAUCCUCUAAUCCAGCAACUAUGCAAGUCGCCGAGACCCAGAAGGGGACGAUUUCAUGGAGACCUUGGAUUACGUUUUUUACGGCCCCAAAAGCGCCUGGACGGUCAAGGACAUCGUGAAACUGCCAUCUGAGGAAGAAGGCAAAAAAAUCGGCGUCUGUCCCAACGAGAGGGAGCCAAGCGAUCACUUGUUGUUGGGGGCAACGUUUUCGUUGAAGUGAAGGGUCCUUCUACUACUGAAGUGAAGAAUGUCGUGUUAACUUGUGGGCGACCAUUAUAAUCUCAUUCAUGGGCUACCAUUUCUGGUUCAGGAUUGGACGUAUGGGCUACUAUCUUAUUCUUAAGGCUGUACCUAAGAUGAAUUACGGACCGCUCUAAUAUUCAUGCUUUCCACAUGUCUGUGAAAAUCUUCUCUCUGCCGCUUGCUGUGCCUCUGGUCCCAUUUGCUUUGCCAGCCAAAGGGAAAUACUGUUCUCUACAGUGUGAACGUCUUUAUUCUGCUUGAUGUACAGAUAAGGGAUGGUAGAGUAACUCUAGAUUUCUUUACCAAAAUAAGAGAUGGUAGAGUAAGUUGCAAUGCAUAAAGAUAAGUAAAUGAAAGUGGAUGCACAGAGGAUUGUUGAAGUGUGACUCGACGGAACCCUGCGGCUGUCAGUCUCAUAAUGAAAGUAGGAAUGAAUGUUCAAAUGCAGCAGCACUGCUCCACUGUUUCCCGUGGACGAUCAUGAUACUUAACUUGUUGAACUGUCUGCUUAUAGUUCCGAAUCAGAUGAGGCAUGUGAAUAGGAUGCACCACGGUCUUUCGCA